AACUCUUUACGGUUCACUUUCUCCACUUGGCUCAAACCCUAACCAUCUUCCAAUCCAUCCUCUUCUGGUAUUAUGCUCAAGUUUCCUUGUGCUGGCCAAGAUUAGUAUGGUGGCAUCUUGUGUUCUCUAACAAUGAACUUUGGAUUCCUUAGCUUUCCAUGGUUUGGUAUUGAUCCCAAAAGGGAUUCGAAUCUGUCUUUUGCUUCUACAGGCGCUUCCAUAGAGCCUAAACAGAAAACUAGUUUUGAGAUCAGGGUGUGGGGAUGGACCCUAGUUUCAGUUCCUCCCAAGGCAGUGAAUGGUAAUGAUAGAAAUCGAACUCCAACCACUAUAAACAAAGGAUUGAAAAGGCGUGCACAACAAAAUCGGGUUACUGAGCCUCCCGCACCUAUCCGGUUUAGGCCAUAUGUUUGCAAGGUUCCAUGGCAUACAGGUGCUAGAGCCUUCCUUUCACAGUUAUUUCCACGUUAUGGACAUUAUUGUGGUCCUAAUUGGUCAAGUGGGAAAGAUGGUGGAUCCCUUAUUUGGGAUAAGAGGCCGAUUGAUUGGUUAGAUUUUUGCUGCUAUUGUCACGAUAUCGGUUACGAUACUCACGACCAGGCAGAGCUUCUGAAAGCUGAUUUAGCAUUUCUAGAAUGCUUGGAGAGACCUCAUAUGAGCACAAGAGGUGAUCCCUAUGUUGCUCAACUUUACAAGACAAUGUGCACCACAGGUCUGAAAAAUAUACUAAUCCCAUACCGGAGGCACCUUAUAAAACUACAAUUUGGGCAACCUCUAAUCGAUUUUGGAUGGAUGAGUAAUCUGACAAGGAGAAGUUGGAAUUUUCAGAAAACUUGAAAGCAGUUCAUGCAACCUUGGCGAGCAGGUUAUUCAGAUGGCCCAGUAACUGGAUUUUCGAACAAUGUUCUGUCCUAUCCUAUGGUUUCAUCGAUGUCGACUUUCAAGAGUGAGCGGCUUAUCAUCACGGCCUUCAUUAGGAAUAUGCAAUACUGAUCUUAUUUGAAUUUG